CUCUCAGCAUCUCUUCUUGAUCACCGCCUCCCCCCACCCCCCGCCCCGCAGAGCCGCAAAAAAGGGUGGGGCCGCCUCUCUGCUGCAGAGACGGCGGCGGCGGCGGCUGCGGCAUCACCGGGGGCACCGAUACGGCGGAGGCAGUCGUGCUCUCUGCCCUGUCUGGGUUGGAGGUGACCGCUGCCGAGCCUUGCUAGGCGGCCGGCUGGACCAGACGGAAAGGAGACACGAGCUCGUUUGCGGAUCCCGCCCAGCCAUGGCUUAAGCCCACAGCCUCUCUGCCCAGCGUCUCCUUGCUCGGCCGGGGUCUGCACGGCACGGCAGCCGCAGAGGGGGCGCGCCCAAACGCCCUAGGCCUGGACCCUGGGACGCGGAGCCUCGCUCCCAGCCUUCGCCGUCCACAGCGGGUCCUCUGCGGAAGGCGUCUGCAGCCGGUGAUCCACAGACCUGACGGCCCUUCAGCUGCACCUCGGCCCCAGGUGCUCUCUGAGGGAGGAGGACGAGGCAAACGGACGCGAGGGGGAGGAGGCGGUGGGACCCACACAGGCGGGUCUGGGUCGGGGCGAAAGGACCACAGAGAGAGACGGGACAGGUUUUGCACCUAGCGUCAUGGCGUGGCCGUGCAUCACCAGGGCCUGCUGCAUCGCCCGGUUCUGGAACCAGCUGGACAAGGCGGACAUUGCGGUGCCGCUGGUUUUCACCAAGUACUCGGAGGCCACGGAGCACCCAGGCGCGCCGCCGCAGCCCGCGCUAGCGCCCCCACCGCGCGCUGUCGCUAUAGAGACGCAGCCGACCCAGGGAGAGUCUGAUGCAGUUGCCCGGGCAACAGGGCCGGCGCCCGGGCCCAGCGGCGACCGGGAGGCGGCCGCCGCCCCCGGCCGGAGCGGGCAGGGCCUGGGCGCGGCCUCGGGCUCCACUUCCGGCGCAGGCCCGGCGGACUCGGUGAUGCGCCAGGACUACCGCGCCUGGAAGGUGCAGCGGCCCGAGCCCAGCUGCCGGCCACGCAGCGAGUACCAGCCGUCCGACGCGCCCUUCGAGCGCGAGACCCAGUACCAGAAGGACUUCCGCGCCUGGCCGCUGCCCCGCCGCGGGGACCACCCCUGGAUCCCCAAGCCGGUGCAGAUCCCCGCCACUCCGCAGCCUUCCCCGCCUGUUCUCGGGGUGCCCAAGCGGCGGCCCCAGAGCCAAGAGCGCGGGCCCAUGCAGACCUCCGCCGAAGCCCGGGACCCGGAGGGCGCAGGAGGGGCCGGGGUGCCGGCGGCGGGCAAGGCGUCCGGAGCGGACCACCGUGACACACGCCGGAAGGCCGGGCCCGCCUGGAUGGUGACUCGCACCGAAGGCCACGAGGAGACCCCGCUGCCCCCUGCCCAGUCCCUCACCCAGGAGGGCGGCCCUGCAGCUGGAAAGGCGUCCGGUUCGGACCCGCGCGACACACGCAGGAAGGCCGGGCCCGCGUGGAUGGUGACUCGCACAGAAGGCCACGAGGAGACCCCGCUGCCCCCUGCCCAGUCCCUCACCCAGGAGGGCGGCCCUGCAGCUGGAAAGGCGUCCGGUUCGGACCCGCGCGACACACGCAGGAAGGCCGGGCCCGCGUGGAUGGUGACUCGAACCGAAGGCCACGAGGAGACCCCGCUGCCCCCUGCCCAGUCCCUCACCCAGGAGGGCGGCCCUGCAGCGGGAAAGGCGUCCGGAGCGGACCACCGUGACACACGCAGGAAGGCCGGGCCCGCCUGGAUGGUGACUCGCACCGAAGGCCACGAGGAGACGCCGCUGCCCCCUGCCCAGUCCCUGACCCAGGAGGGCGGCCCUGCAGCGGGCAAGGCGUCUGGUGCGGACCCGCGCGACACACGCAGGAAGGCGGGACCGGCCUGGAUGGUGCGUCGCUCAGAAGGGUAUGAGCAGACACCCGCUGCCCAGGCCCAAGCCGUAGGGUCCGAAGGAGGCAAAGGGCGUGCCGUGGCAGAUGCCCUCAACAGGCAAAUCCGGGAGGAGGUGACAGGCACAGUGAGCAGCUCCUACAGGAAUGAAUUCAGAGCAUGGACAGACAUCAAACCUGUGAAGCCGAUCAAAGCCAAGCCCCAGUACAAGCCCCCGGAUGACAAGAUGGUUCACGAGACCAGCUACAGUGCCCAGUUUAAAGGAGAGGCCAGUAAGCCCACCGCGGCGGACAACAAGGCCAUGGACCGCAGAAGAAUCCGAAGCCUCUACAGCGAGCCUUUCAAGGAAUCCCCGAAGGUAGAGAAACCUAGUGUUCAGAGUUCCAAACCAAAAAAGACCUCAACGAGCCAUAAGCCCCCAAGGAAGGCCAAAGACAAGCAGGUGGUUUCGGGCCAGGCUGCCAAGAAAAAGGCCACAGAGGGCCCCAGUGCCACCAAACCCGACGACAAGGAGCAGAGCAAAGAGAUGAACAAUAAACUGGCUGAGGCGAAAGAGAGCCGGGUCCAACCCACCAGUGAUGCACAUAAGAAUCAAGGUCCUGUAGCCAAAGAGCCACACAAGGAUCAAGGUCCUGUGGCCCCAGACCUUCCAAAAGGCCAAGGUCCUGUGGUCCAGGAGCCUCUGAAGGAUCAAGGCCCCAUGGUGCCAGGACUGCCAAAGGAUCAAGUUCCUUCGAUCAUAGGGUCCUUAAAGGGUCAAAGCCCCAUGGCCCCGAGCCCUCCAAAGGAUCAAGGUGCUGUACUCUUAGGGCCCAUGAAGGAUCUAGGUCCAGUGGCCCCAGCACCAGCCAAGGAUCAAGACCACAUGGUGUCUGAGCCUUUAAAGAAUAAAGAUCCUGUCCUUUUAGCACCAGCCAAAGCCCAAAGCCCUCUGUUGCCAGAGCCUCUGAAGGAUCAGAGUCCUGGGGUUCCAGCAAGAGCUAAGGAUCAAAGCUUCCCAGCACCAGCACCUCCAAAGGAGCCAAGCCCCGUGAUUCCCGAGCCUGGGAAAGAUCAUGCUCCCAUGGUCCCAGAGCGUAAGAAGGACCAGAAUGCCACAGUCGUGGCACCUUUGAAGAACGAAGCCCCUGUGGUCUCUGAGUCCAUGAAGAAUCAAGGCUCAGCAGACCCAGAACCAGUCAAAGAUAUAGGUACAUACACAGUGGUCCCCGGGCAUCUGAAGGGACACGAUUCUGUGUCUGUAGCACCUGUAAAGGACCAAGGUCCAGUGGUCCCUGAGCCAGGGAAGAUCCACGACCCCAUUAUCCUAUCACUAGCCAAGGAUCAAGGGCCCCUGGUCUCAGAGGCUCCAAAGAAUCAAAGUCCUGUGGUUCUUGGGCCUGUAAAGAAUCAAGACCCUCUAAUCCCAGUACCUCUGAAGGGUCAGGACCCCCUGGUGCCAGCCCCAACAAAGGACCAAGGUCCUACAACCCCUGACCCUCUGAAGACUCAAGGUCCCAGAGGUCCUCAACUGCCCACGGUCUCACCUUCACCCCCAGUCAUGAUCCCAACAGUUCCCCAUACGGAGUAUAUUGAGGGGUCCCCUUGACUCCCCUGAAACGCCACGGAGGAAUUGGCAGUGGAAGUGCUCCCCUCCUGGGGAGGCAAAGAAAUAUAUUUAAUCUGCAUGAAACUGUGCUGUAUAGUCACGCUGGAAUCUAAUAAACUGGUCUCUCUGGCUCA